AGUAUACCGUGAGCGAUUGUCGUAAGUAGAUGUCUUUCGGAAAAGCAUCUCUGCAUUUGGGACACGGAUUCCCCCCGUCGGGUGUGCGUUUUAGUUUUUCCUUUACUGGUUGGGGUUUGUAAUAGUAGUAAUAGGCAGGGCAGAAUUUUUAAGGUCGGUAGAAGGGGCCUCCCAUAGACGAUCCAGUAUUGAGAACAUAGUUAAAGGUUCUUGUAGUCGCUGUUUUGUGCAAAGUUCAUCUUGGGAUUAGUGAGAGUGAGAGACCCGUGGUGAAGAGUGGAGAGGAUAGGGGAGCGUGUGGGGUUCGAUGCUUUAUUUCUAUGGCUCUUCAGGGGCGCGACAUCAAUCAGGAUGUUGGAUAUGUGACCCAGUCCGACCAUGAAAAGAAGUAAUGGCCCCAACCGAUUUGUAUGGCAGUAAUACGCAGGCACACCAUUAUGUAAUUAUGGUUGUGGGAGUGUCAGCAUCGUCAGCCUUUCUCGGGGGAUGAUUUAUGAUUUAAUUCGGAGGAAUCAGGUUUAAUCAACCGUGUGCAUCGUGGAUCAGUAACUAAUGGAGCGUGCGAGGGAAAAAUCGAUUUCGGUGAAAUUGUACCUAGUGCCAGUUCGUACAGGAAACGAGAAAACGAACUUUCUCGUCAGUGUUUCUUAAUACUUUCCAUCGAUGGGGAUUCCUUACGGUCGCUACCCCUAGGAUGAAAUAAUAUCCUUGCUGGAAUAUCCUUCGUCAGUCGUCUGCUUCACACUCUACGUAUAUCUACCAAGACGAGUGCAGCAUCCGAUUCCGGCAGUUGCAACAACAACGACAAUAUGAAAGUGAUUCACGUUCACGUUUGUGUUUGUGCUAGUAAUAUCAUACUCCUGUGAAACGGGGUGUGGAGGCUUCCACUCUCGUAGAAUAUGUAGUAAAUUUGUUCAUGUGAUCAGAAAAUUGCAUUCCCCUGUCUCCAAAAUCUCCCACCCAGUGCAAACCUAUUUCCCCCGUAAUCCAAUCAGUGUGAUCGGCGUUGAAGCAUAAUCAAAACGCAAUAAAAAAUCCUUGAAAAUGCUGAAAGUGAAUUUGUGUGUUAAAUGUUUCAAACCGAAUUAUCGUUAAAAAUUCACGAAUGGACCCCCUGCCUAAAGGAUUCCCCCCAUUAAUCCAACGAGCAAACUUUUGUGGUAGCUGCAGGGAGCUUAAUCAGUGAGAGAUAAAUCCGUUCGGAAAACAGGAUUUGGAGUGUUUGCCUGAAGUUCUAUGCGAAAGAGGAUUAUAAUUCAACGAAGCACGCGCUCCAUUUCGAAUGGAAGCGAUUGGACCACUUCUACAAUCAAGAAUAAAGAACACGGUAUCAAAUCGGAAGAAGCAUGUGCGAUAGCAUCUCCAACUAUUGGAAUGAUGAUAUCUAUGUAAAUCUAGAAAAAAAAAUCCAUGUCUCCGUUGUCUGCCGUCUAGGUCUAUGAUUGUGUCUGACGAUCCUAAAGAGGCAAUACUGAAGCUAAAGUAAAUUCCCAUAUGUGUUCGGGGUUGCAGACGAACGGAAAUAUGAAGCCUCCGAGCCGGAUGCUGCGUAUCGUUCAUGUUCUCCAGUGAUUGCCAAUCGAGACGGGGUUUUUAUGAGUUCGGGGAAUGUGUGCUGGAUGUUUGCGAAUCUGAAAAGCUAUGGAAUGUGUCGCUGAUCAAUCCCAUCUCGUCUGGGUGGAAUCCUGGUUUAACUGUGCGCCAGUGAGUGUAUUCCAACACAUGGGCAAACAGAAUUAGUGUUCCCGACGACGACGACGACGACAACGACCAAGACUUCGAAAGACGAAGAAAAGAAAAUGGAAUAUGUGCUAUUGAGUGACGGUGAAGAGGAUGAUCGUAGUGUCAGGUUGAAUGUGAACCACGGGACUCGUAUUGCAGUCCCAUCGCAUCCGAGGAUGUUCAUAUCCUCCACUAAAUUCUAGUGAGAGUAAUUGAAUGCACACACAAAAAAAUGAAUCUCCAUAAAUUGAGCAAACGACAUUCCAUACAUUCGAUGCAGCAACAGCCGGGUCGACAACCGCCGGAUGAGCCUGGAGCGAAAGCAGUGGAUGCUGGCGCUAGUACUUCCGCUUCCGGGGCAGCCUCCAAGCAGCGCAAGAAGGGGAAGUUUAGGCUUAAGGAACGCUCCAGCUCCUCGGUGCGGGAACGCUUUGUCAACGACCCGGCCUACACGGAGGACGUUCGCCAUCUGGCGCUUCCGAUGCGCCGGAACAGCGGUCCGGAAAACGUGGACCACCAGCAGCAGGCGCGCAAAUUCUACACCAUCCCGAAGAAGAAGUCCAACUCGGUGGGGAAGGAUUACUUGAGGGGUUCGGGGUACAGUGUGGAAGCGGGAGAUGUUGGCAGGGAUCCCGGCGGGGCCUACAACAUGCAGGUCAAAGUGCGGAGGAAAAAGUAUAAUUACCAUAAUAGUUCGGAGAUGUUGCGGUUCAAUGCGGACGAGUCGAGCAGUUCGGAUAAUGUGAGGGGCGGGGCCAGUGGGAGGAGUUCGACUCUGGAGCGGCGUGGGAGAAGUUUGGAUAGGAGGAGUGCGUGUGAGGAAAGGUGGUUCGAGAAGGAGGGCGAAGAUGAGGAUGAUGGACGGGGAAGAAAUCGAAAUUUGAUCAGACGACAGAAUGCGGCGGUGGAUGAGGGAGUUCAAGAGGAGAUUGGAGUCGAUGAGAAGGAUGGUAGAAGCAAGCUCCAGAUUGGGAAACGUUUCCUGAAAGGGGAAAUCGGAAUUAAGAGCUUCAAUUAUUACUUGCUGAAGGAGGGGCUGAAAUCUUCGAAGAAGAAUUUGCUGAAACAACGUUCGGCGCCUGCGGAAGGAGGGGCGGUUGGGGGUGGAGGUUUGUCGAAAAGCGAGGAGAACAUCUACGAGGAAAUUUAUUUCGAAGAGAAACCAAACGACCCGAGCGACGAGAAAAUUCAGUUUUUAGAUUGCGAAUUGUGUGUCCAGCAGUGCAGUAACAGUAACUGUGAAGCAUGUCAUAGCCAUGUUUCGAAACAUAAACUACAAGAGCACCACCAUCACCAGCAGAAGCAAUUGGAGAAGCAGAACAUUUACGAACAAUUGAAACAAAUUCCACCGCCUCCGGGUCCGGUCGCUGGUCCACAGCAUCAGCCACAGUACAAGGCAGUGAAAUCGUUGGACAUUGACGAUUUGAACAUGUACCACUCAUCGUCCUCUACGUAUGGGACGGCAACAAGCAAUGUCCUCCAGUACCAGUCGUAUAAUCCCAAUAAUCCAAAUGUUUUCAAAAUAGAAACAACACCUGUUGCGUUUGGCUGUGAGUACAACCCUAUCCAGCAGAUCUAUUACAAAACACAGUACGGUACACUGCCAGGGGCUUCGGUUAUGACCGGACAGCAGCGACAUCACAUUUAUCAACAACCGCAAAAUCUAAUUUCGACUAACUCGGACUUUUACCAAGAGAUUAGUAGGAAAAAAUCUUCCUCAUCGUCCGAUUCUCUGCAAGCCCGGAUGCAAAGAGAACUCUACCAGCAAGCCAACUUGUACUACUACCAACGUGAGGCUGCUGCGGCUCAAAGCGUCCAGCCUCAAGACUCAUCCAAAAUCUACAAAACAAGCUCUAAUGCAUCCAUUUUGAGUGAAACGUCAGCUCGAAGUGAGAACUCCCUGAAGCAACCACGCACCGGUAAUAUGUCCGACUCGUCCCUCGGAGACUCGUUGUUUUCCUACCCUGCCAAUCGGCGCUACUUUGGCAGUUCCGAAAGUUGUCGCUUCGCUUCCGAGUGUCGUCGCUGCAGUCUCGACGUAGACAAAUGUAGCUUCUCGGACACAUGCCGGUACGACUGUCGAAACUGUGACUGCUCUUCCAGCUAUUUCUCGUCUGAUUUCGAUGAUACCGGGACAGGGAGGAAGAGUCACUCUCGCCAAUCCGGCAACAAUCCGGGGCAAGAUAAUUAUAACGUCCCCGCUUAUGCAGAGGACUUCAUGAAACACGUAAGCAACGUUAAGCGGAACCAGUUGGGAUCAUCUUCCUAUCCUCAACAUUCGCAACAACCGAAACAGACACCCAGUGGCAAGAUUUAUGAAACCCCUACCACUUAUGCUGGGAUUUCGAAGAAGGCCCCCUUCCAUCGCGAGCAUACCUACGAAGCAUUGAAAUCCAAUCCAUAUGGCAGCACCGGCAUCAAGACAACUCACAAAUACGACGAAAACACCAAACUGUCAAUCAGUCACAGUCACGAGCUGUUGUUGUCCCCUUCCCGGAACAAGUUCCCCAUCGAAGGCAACUAUUCUCCACGUUUAGGUCCAAAAUCCUCCAACACCCUUCCCGCCUCCAUCCCAUCGAAAGCCAAAAGCACCGAAUUCGGUCAACUUCCCAGCGGUGUCCCGACUUCCACCUCCCGAGAAGUCGACACGCUCCCAAAAUCUUUCACAACUACCGGCUCCCCUCGGGCAACUCUAUCAAACUUGAAUCACGACUACGCAGAAAUCACCCAACUACCAUCAUCCAAACCGAAACCGAAAGAGCAGAAGCAAACACCACCCCCUCCUUUACCUCCCACCUCGACCCACCCCAAACGCUCCACCAUCAAAUAUACAGCCCCACAACCCCCCAAAUCAGCCACGACACAACCCAAUGCCUCGACAACUUCCGCCCGUCGUCAAGCUCCCCCUAUCCCUACAAACCCCCCACUUGACCCAACGCAACCACCCGCUUCCUGCACCGAUGGCAGAGAUAAAUCCCUCCCGCGGCGAGACCGCGCCGAGUUCGAAAGAAGCAAGCGGGGUGCGGCCGCUGCCGUUGCUGCCACCAUACAGGAUGUGACACAGGUACCACCUGCUCUCACCCCGCAAUCCAAGCGGAAACAGGAACUUAGCACCGGUCAGCAACAGCACCUAGCGCCGAAGAAAGAGUUGGUGAAGAAGAAGAUGCAGCAACAGGCGUCGGAGAAAGAGGAGGAUGAUGGCAACUUCACUGACGACGAGGACGAUGAGGUGUUUCUCAGUGAUAAGGUGGUCUACGAGAAGCCCAAAUACGGAAGCGGCAGGAAGCAGAAUCCACCUCCAAAAGAGCAAAUCACAACAAACAAAGCCCCCCUCGUCGCCUCGGCCCCAACUGCUUCGGCAUCAGGUCAAGCGGUAACCGGUUCCAAUUUCUCCUCACAACCACCAACAACUACAUCAUCAUCACUAUCGUCAUCGUCAUCAUCGGCAGCCCCAGCUUCGGCCCCCCAAACGACCACCACCACAACUACAGCCAGCGUGCCAGCAUCCCAAAAGGCCGCUCCACAGAUGAUGGCCAGAUCAAAACACAGAGAGCAUCAACCCGAAGCCCCAACGACGACGUUGGACGGUGGCGUCGCCGGUAGUGGUCCAGCGUCGAAGCAGCACUCAAACGAAAGCGAGAGUUUGCGCAGUUCCCAAGCAACGUUAGAAGACGACGACGCCGCCGAGAGCGCGAGUGAUUUGGUGAGAAAGAGUGACGAACCCACCGACGUCGACGUCUUUGGGGGUGGUUAUGACGCCGGCUCCACGAUUGCGGCCACUAUGCAGCUCCACCAGCAGAGGAUGAUCAAAACAAAAUCGUCACCCGAAGCACUCAGUACCGAUCUUGCCGUCUCGGGUGAAGCGUCGGAACAGCAGCAGCCGCCAGUUUUGUCGUCGGGUCGCCUGGCAGCUUCAGCAGCAGGUUGUUCGAACAGUCAAGAUAAAAACGUUGCACAGGCAUCAGAAGUAUCCCCGUCGCACUCCAAGUCGAAGGAAGCCAAUAUUAGCCCUAAUAGACCCGACGAAGCUGUAGAUUUCGCCGACCCAAACCAUCCCCGUAGCAAGCCAACCGACGAACAAGACGACGGUAGACUAAUUGGCAACGAUGAAUGUGAUAUCAUUGAUUUCCCGCUGCCAGAGAUCCCUGUGAAACAGGAUCCAACCUCGUCGGACAACAGUUUUCUGACGGCCACCGACGGUAACGAUACGGCUUGGGAUGACGCCCAGGCCUCUCCGGCACUAGUGAAACGAUCCAACAGCAGCGAGCACACAGCGAAUCUUGAUCUUUUGAAAGCGGACUCAGCGGCAGAACAGGAGAUGCACUACCGCAACUCGAACGACAAACCGACCUAUUUGUUCGGUGAAAACCUGAAAAAGAAUGAAAUAUUCCUCAACAAGUCCGGCUGGGUGCAGGUCAGCCAGCCGCCGCAAUAUCCAGGCGAUCGUAACGUUCGGGCAAAGUCGUUCCAAUCGGAGCUGGCUGGCCCUAGGACAUCUCGAAAAUACGUCGAGUACAAUGAGAAUCGGUAUGGCAAGGGAAGCAAGCUGGAAGAUCUGAUCAAUCGCAACGAAGCACGGCGGAGUCAGGUUCAGAAGGUUCAACGACAGGACAAUGUGACAAUCUUGAAAAUAGAUCCUCAGCUAUCAUCCGGAGGCCGUCCAAUAUGUCUUCCAAUCAAAAGGAACUUGGCGGACAACUCGCCACCUCCAGUGACGCCGAUCCUGUCGCCACCACCUGCCUUCCAAGACUCGACUCAGAAGACCCGCCUUAGUGAUAUCAAACCCGGAACUCGGAUAUUCCUCUCUGUGGUGGACAACGAAAACCGGAACCCCAAAGGCAUGGUUUUCUCGAGAAGCUUCGAGUACGAUAACCGACGAUACACUACUCCCAUAGCCACGUCGCAGCAUCGCACCCAGAACCAAUCCUAUCUAGGCAACUUCUCGAAAAGCUUCGACUUCGAUACUAGCCUCAUAUCACCUAUGCCGAAAACCACGGAUCAACCCUUCAUCCGUCGUAACAAAUCACCAACUCCGGCUUUCUCCACGCUCACUGGGAAUUCUCCCAACUACCUUACGAAGAAGGAGAAACCCAACUCCAAUCCUCAGCUCAUAACCAGUGAUAAGUCACCAAUUUUCCCGAAAGCCAUACCCGGAAGCAGUGUGACCAGCUCCGGCUACGAAUCUCUAAAGCGAUUCGGCGACAAGAACAAAUCGUUCGACGCACAGAUGAUGUCUUCCAGCAUAGCAGCCGCGGGACAGCGCUCUCGACGGUCACAGUUCACCACCAAGGCCAAUUCUACGCCCGGGUUACCUUCCUACGGUUUCCGGUCCGAUUCUGUCGGCAACAACCGGCUCAAUUCCUGUGAUAGUGGUGCCCGAUCUGAUUACUCGAACGACGGAGUCGAAGAUGACGAGGAAAACGUGAGCGACGACCAAUCCUCUUCGCUGGCGCUCAGCUAUAAGUCGUCCACCUCCUACAUGAACCAGAUGAAGGGUCGUGCUGGAUUGUUCGGAAGUUCUGGUUCUGGUAACACUCUCACCGCCCACAGUGCCCUGAAACCGCAGCGCUCGUUAACUCCUGAGCGGCUGUACGACAACGAUGAGUAUGGUAGCAUGCGGAAUCUGAAAAAGCAGCGUUCGCUCACACCGGAGAAACGUUCCCGAACCCCGGACGACCGCAGCAAACCCCGCACCAAAGGAGACAUGAACAGUUCGCAGUCGUCGCUGGUGUCCCGACAGAGCUCCGGUUCCCGCAGCAGUACUCUGGAGAGACGCUACGACGAGGCCUACAUGCGCACCUCUAGCCGAAGUUCAUCUAGUUCUAGCUACAGCGGAGACGAAGCUCAUGGAUCGUCCUUCCGCAGAAGUCAACUCCGAGGUCCAGCGGUUCGCCCGAAUGUCGUUGCAGGCGACUACAAAAUUCGACGAUCCAGAUCCCUGCAGCUGUCGGAGAGAUCGCCCAGUCGGCAACAAGUCCCGGCCGUUGGUGUAGCAGCCCUGCCUCACAAGGUUGUUGUCCGGUUGGGAAAUAUCCCGAACAAGGAACGACCGGCCUAUACGAGCACGCGGAAGGUUACCGGAAGUCAAUUACUAACGCAACCGGAUUCGGUUUAUCCUCGUGUGUCACCAAGUAGUACUCUGGAUCGACUGCGACGUGAGACGGCAUCGCAUACGAUCGUGGACGUUCAGGACAAGAGCAAAUCGUUCGAUAACAAUAACUAUGGCGCGUAUGAGUAUGAGUACGACAAGAGCAAGUCGUUUGAUGAGAACUACGGUGUGGAGAGCGACAAGCGCGGGUACGUUGCGACUGAGGGCAGGUCCUACAGUCACGAUCGAGUCUUUGGGUCAACGGGGACUUCUUCGAGUAACGAGUACAGUCAAUCGUCUACAUCGAGGAAUAGAAGUCCACAAACCUAUGGAAGCAGGCUGUAUGAGCAUGAUCUACAGCCUCAGCAGCAAUAUGACGUGAGCAGGAUGAGUAGAUCUCCGAUCAUUAACUACAAUCAACGGCGAGUGAUCGCGAGGGAACGUUCACCUGUGCCUGGAGCCAGCAAACCCAUGCUAGGACAACACUACCAAAAGCCUUCGGAUUUGUAUCUGAUGAGGAACCUGACGCCGGAUUCCGAGUAUGAUGAUCGCAUUACGCCCGAUUUUGGGGAUGGCCAGGCGUCGACUUCAGUGACGAUCGCACCCACAACGACCGCCGCAGCGGCAGCUGCCUUCAAGGAAGCCGAACUGGUGAAAAAGUUUUUGUACGCAACGAAAAACAAGCAGUUACAGAGAGAGUCACGUAACGUUGUUGUACCUCCGGCCGGAACGCCAUCUACUGGAAGUUGUACCGCUAGUUCCUGUGAUUUUUGGCCACACUGUGGCGUCACGUCGACGCUCACGGUCGAACAGAAUCAGUUAACAAAAUCGGGUAGUGAAAACUGUUUGAACAGAAGAAGUAUCGGUGCCGGAGGUGACAUUGCAAGUUAUGCUACAGGUCUUCUCAGUACUAGUGGUGGUGGAACAGGUGGUGAAGUGAUUGUGAUCGGUGCAAAGUCCGGUGCCACGUUGGUCCCUAUAAAGGCCAACAGCUACGGUGGCGUCGGGCAUCAUCCCCUGAAGAAGCAGAAGAACAUAGAAAUCCAUGACCGGGACCUUCCGACGGUCAUAGGCGGAGGAGGCCCUUCGCGUUACAUCUACGGACCAUCUCGACCGGCCAUCGUCAAAGCAAACUCGAUCACAUUCCUCGGGGAGCACGAGAUGCCAAUUACACGUGACCGUGUUUCGAAAUCGUUUUCCCAUCAGGGUUCGACGUCGGCAAUGACUACGACGACGUCUUCGGCCAUCCUGGCGAAACAGGACUCCACUUCCUCGAAAAGCAAUUACUCUUUGGCGGAUCAAGGCUCGGCGGGUGGUAGAACGAAAGGCCACUACAGUGGAAGUGGUGGUGGCGGGGGAAGCAGCAAUAGCAGUGUUAAAAGCAAUAGUAGCAAUUAUAAAGUCAAUCGAAGUCCCAGCAAUAAAAGCAAUCCUCCUGGUCCGGGCGGAAACAAUCACCGCUACAGUGGUUCUGGCUCUGGUGCUGGUGGUGGGAUGGCGAAUACUUCUUCGGUGGACAAAGCUGGCUCCGGGAGUGACGGACGAGAACGGAAGGCGAGGUCGACCUACUCCACAUCGACGACGAAGCCUCACCGUGCGUCCUCAUCCUCGUCGAUCAAGCGGAAGUUUGAAAUGAAGCUGAAAAGCCGCUCGCUGCCGAAAUCCUUCAUGCGCUACAGCAAUCUGACCUCGGAUGACUUGGAGCUGUCGGCCAUAUUCUCACCCAAUUCGCCUCUGCAGCUGCGAGCCGUUUCUAGUCCAUCACUCACAGAGCCAACGCCACCGGCGACGGUUCUCAGAGACCAGCCGGACGACAGCCAUGUGACCAAAACCGCAGAUUCUCGAAAUGUGGCCAACCACAUCCACCAUCAUAAUCAACCACAGACCAAGACUGCAUUGCUGAGCGCCAACCAGAAGAAUCUGCACCACUCGCAGCAAGCUUCCGAGAGCGUGCUGCAAAAGUUCAAGAAAACCUUUUCCCAGUUCAAACCGGCCAAAGGAGUGCCACCAGUGCUGGCGUCCGCCAACAGUAAUAGCCUAAGCAGUAGCACCAGUAGUAGCAAUAGCAAUCACCCGCAUCAUCUGAUAGUGAACAGCGGAAUGAGCCUGGACGGAAGAAGUCAGGAACGGCCAGUUUUGCCUCCACCCCCGCCGGUACAGUCUCAGCAAACGAGCCACCAUCAUCGGUUCGGUCCGUUGAUAUGGCGAUCGAGCAAAGAGCGGCGGAAAACCAAAUCGCACCGGAGGGAUAAGUGCAACAGCGGGGACUCGGGCAUUCAGGUCGAACUGGAGGCCGAUGAGCAGCUGCUGCCUGAUGCGGGAAUCGAUGGAACGGAUCCCAUUUCGCCCAACUCCGUGACGGUUCGGCGGGCCAACUCCGCCAAAGUGUCCACCUCCGGAGGUCCAUCACUGCUCAAGCACAAACUAUCGCUCAAAGGAAGCAACAAGGAAAACGUGGCCAACAUAUCACGCCUAAGUGGCAAAUCGCGCAGUCAGCCCUCCGGACUGGACCGACUGGCCGGCGAUGACCACGACACGCGCCUCAGCGAAACCGACAGUGACGACGAAAACGACGACGGAGUGGAUCAACGACGACACGACCCCCGUCGAGGAAUCCGCGAGUCGGAACCGGUCUUUGCGGAAGUCCUGUUCUCGUUCCGGCCCGUGGGACCUCAGGAACUAGCCCUAGAGAAGGGAGCACUGGUGGAAGUGCUAAGGCGGGAAGCUGGUCCCUGGUGGUGGGGCCGAAUCAAAUCCGAUGCCAUUCUGUCCGACGAGCGGGAGGAACAGGACCGCACCGUGGACAACUCCGACUGCGGGUGGUUCCCGAUGGAUUUCGUUAAACUGUUACCUACGUACAAUAAGCCAAAACAGAUCAUCAUCAUCAACAACAGUAGCAAUAGUGGGCUCGAAGAAGCUGGUAUUCAGAACGGGGACAUGGGAAAGAACUGUGAUAUGCUGCAAGAUGGCGCUGCGACCAUGCUGCCAACGGAACUCGACGGAGCUUCGGCGCCGAACGAGCCGAUGGGAGGUGCUAGUCAGGAGCAAACGAAGGAGAACGUGAUCAAGGAACUGCUCGAGACGGAAAUCAACUUCGUCAAGCUGCUUAAUUCGCUUUGCUUAGGAUAUAUCAAACCUCUGAGGGAACGCGAGGAUGUUUUCCCGGCGGAGAGUGUGAACAUUAUCUUCUCGAAUCUGGAGAAAAUUUGGAGGUUUCAGCAGACGUUUCUGGAUGCGCUUCGGAUAGCGGUGCCCGCCAAUAGGAUUGGCGAAGUGUUCCUUGAAUAUCAAUCGGCAUUUAUGAUCUACUCGGCGUAUUGUAACUCCUAUCCACGUGCUCUGAUGGAACUGGAAAACUACACCAACAACAAGGAGGCGUGCACCAUCCUGGAGAGCUGUCGCGUGUCGCAGAAUCUCCCGGAGCUGCCCCUGUCGGCGCACCUGUUGGCGCCGAUCCAGCGCAUCUGUCGCUACCCGUUGCACCUGAGCGAACUAGUCAAGCAUACGCCGACGCGGAAGGAGCUGCUGCCGCUGCUGAACCUGCGCAAGUGCACCAAGUCCGACCUGGAAACCAUGGACUGCCGGGAGGUGUUCGAGCUGGCCCUGACCGCGAUGAAGCGCGUGACCGAGAUGGUCAAUGAAGGCAAACGCCACAGCGAGUACCUAUCGCGGAUGCAGUCCCGCUUCGAGAACUUCCAGGGCCCAUCGAUCAACGUGCACAGCACCCGGCUGUUCCUGCAAACCGACGCCAUCCGGAUGACGCCGAACCUGUGGAACAACACCUACACGCUGUUCCUGUUCGACCGUCAGCUCAUCUACUGCAAGAAGGAUCUCCUCAAGCGGACCAACUACAUCUACAAGGGCCGGAUCUUCCUGGACAACUGCCGGAUAUUGAACCUCCCGGACGGGAAGAUGUUCGGCGUAACGCUGAAGAAUGCGUUGCGGUUGUACUGUGACACCCGGAACAAGUGGUUCGAUUUCUGCUUCCGGAGCAGCAGCAGUAAGCUGCGCUUCCUGAACACCCUCUCGGCGGAACGGCAGUUCUGCGGCGAAAGUCUGUUCGUGUCCGAGCUGGAUGGGGCGUGCGUAGACGACGAUAACCUGUCAGAUCGUGAGUAUUUCCCCUUCAAUGACGAAAAGGAAGGAUGCAGCAAUACGGAUACGGAAACCAGCAAUGGCACAGAUUUGACGGACAGUAUGCAGUUCCUUCUGGGGAAUAUGUCCCAAAGUGCCAGGACCAGCAAUUGCAGUGUGCUCAAAGAAUCUCCCACGAAUAUAGGCGGUAAGCAGUCGGGAAAUACCCUACCGAAGAAGUCUCGAAAAUCAUCCAAAGAACAACAGCAACAGCAGCAACCAGUAGAAUACAAUUCGCACUCCCUCGGACGACGAAAACUGGGCAAUUGGUUCCGCAAGGCCAAGAGUACGAAUAGCACCCCGUCGCAGAGUCCAACUCAUCAUCCGAUGGCGCUUUCGCUAGCCGCCGUCAACCACGUGGGUGCGUCGGAUAGCUCUUCGGCCAGCAGUCCAGGUCUGGGAUACCAUCACCAGCGAACUCUGUCGGCUUUGUCCACCGGUAAUGGAUCCAACCCCUCCUCCUUGGCCAAAGACGAGGACGACGACCAGCACCAGUUGUUGUUUUAGUGAGGUAGCCCUCCAGUAGAAUCUAGAGUACAAUCUACAACCCAAGCACAACCACAAAACUAAAAAAAGAGCUGUGUUACAAAAUUAGGUAACCCCCACGUUUUAGCAAACCAGGCACACACUUGACGCACAACCUCCCAAAAUGCUAUCUGCAGUUCCUACGAGCAGAUCACAAACCCCGCAAUCGAUCAAGCACAAAACCUGUAUUAGGUGUAGAAAGCAUGGUUUUAAAAAUGUAGAGAGCGAGUAGGUAUGUGGAGUGAAAUAACUGACUGAAAUAGGAAAAACAAACGUCAAAAUGGUCUCAAAGAAACGAAAAAGGCUAAAACGAAAGAAACACGUGUUCAUAUUGAAAAACGAACAAAAACAAACAGCUAAACAUAAAUCUUUGGAAUUGUGCCGGUCACAAUUGAGUAGAGACAUAAAAAAACUCUAUUUGAGAGUAAUGCGUUUUGUCUAAAACUGUCGAACGUUAUCCUAAAAAAACACAAUUUAACCGUAAGCGUUUUAAACCCUAAAACCACUUAGUUGUUAGAAUGUACCUAUCGGAGCAAAUGAACCCCUAAAUUUUGGCGCGUCAAUAUCCAUGACCGAAAAUUGUAAACCUCCAACCGUUUGGAGUGCCACUGUUUUGCACUUUGACUGAUUAAAAAUCACAAACUCAAAAGAAGCACUUCUGAAUCGAAUCAACGGCGAUCACAAAGUUGCUGACGCAACAUUGAUUUGAUUCAGGCGUGUUCCAAACUGUGAAUUAGAUUUGAUUCAAAGUUCACAAUAGACUCCAUUUUUAGCGCUCAUAGCUGCCGUAGUUUAUAACAUAGCACAUCUUACACCAUCAUGAUUCAUACCGAUUCGCACAUUUUCGUUUUGUAGUAAAUUUAAGUUCUUGUUUCUCGAUUCCAACAUUUAGGUCAAAAUUACACUUUUUAAAAUAAAAAAUAAAUCACUAUCACUGUCCAAUAAUAUUUUCAAUGAGGAUUUUUGAAGCUUUUUGCUAAGGCUUGGGGUAUAGAGCGUGUAAGCAUAUUUCGUUGCCUUUCGCAGGCUGUUGUAAUGUUAAUCAACUCUACUUUUCAUGAACCUCAUAAUAAGCCAAUACAGACAGUAAUUUAUUGAAAAAAAAAAAACUUUCUUCCUAACACUAUCUUUUUGAUAGCCAGAAGAAUUCGCAGCUAACUCAUUCCAGCACAAAAAUAAUCUGACAUGAUCGCACUCAUAAACCACAGGAUUGAAUGGUUGAUUGGUUGCUGUACACAAAAUACAAAUGCAAUAAUUAUUUAAAUGCCUUGAAACCAUUUUUGGCUCAGAUUGGGCAACAGUUCGAAUCAGGGCACAUUGGGGAAAUUGAAUCUAAAGGUGGAAAAAAUUAAACAUUUUCACAAUAGGUCGUUGGAAUAGAAAUUUUCUCAGAAAUCAAUAGGUGAUGAUUUCAUGAAGGUGGUAUUUGAUUCUUUUCAACUGUUAUAUUUUUUCUGGAAAUAUUAAUUAUUCCACUAAGUUCGCAGUUUUGCCCAAUCUUAUUUUAUCCAACAAGGCGACACCAAACCUAAUGAAUCCACUCUGGCAGUAUCUUCAUCAGAGUUACAGAUAUUUACAAAGUUUUGUACCUCACCACAUAAUUUGUAACACUUUUUAGGAUAUACUCACGUAGAUAUAUGUCUGAACGAAAUACAAUUGCAUAUUGAAAAGUUAUUGGAAUCGAGAAACAAGUGUCAUAUAAAAGCACCAAUUAAAUGAAUUGUUGUAUUCUUUUGUUAAAAAAAAUACAGUAUCGGACGUAUACAAUACUCCAAAGCCAUUUUCCCUAUUCCUAUACAAAUAGACUGUUCUUUUUUUUUAAAUGCACUAAAACCAAACGUGAUCGCCGAUAAAGGCUAUACGUCGAAUUAUCUUGAUAUCUUCAGCGCAUUUGUUCCUUAUCACAAUGAACAAAUGUGCUGAAGACACCAAGUAUUUCGUAGAACACUUUUUGUCUUGGUGCAUUUUUUGUUCAAGAUCAACCAUUUAGUAACUUUUGAAUCAUUAGUUCUCACACAACUUUUUCAAUAGUUUUCAAAUAUUGAAGUACUGUUUGAUUCAUCGCAGACAAAAAUGAAAAGAGUCGGCAGAUUUAUAGCUAUCUGAAUUGCACAGUUAAUUAAUGAUCAAGUUGUAGGCAAUUCCCGCUUCAGGAAUCUUGCUGUUAUAAGGUUUUGACGUUUUGAAGUUUACAUGUACACGACGAAACACGUGUCAAAUGUACAAAUUGAAAUUGAAACUGUGAAAAGAAACCAGGUGCUCCGGUGGGGAUCGUACCUACGACAUAUUCGCUAGAUGGGCGCUUCAACCCACAUGCUGCGGAGCCCCUUGAGAGACCCAUGAUCCCAUGUGCUUUGUGGUAAUCGAGUUCAGUUCUCCCUCGAGCGUGGGGGUCUCUCAAGGGGCUCUGCAGCUUGUAGAUUGAAGCGCCCAUCUAGCGAAUAGGGAGUCGUGGGUUCGAUCCCCACCGGAGCACGUGGUUUCUUUUCGCAGUUUCAAUUUCAAUUUGUACAUUUGACACGUGUUGCGUCGUGUACAUGUAAACUUCAAAACGUCAAAACCUUAUAACAGCUAUCUGAAGUUGAUUAUUUUGUUCAUGAAAACGGCUGUGUUGCAUUUUGUAUGUCCGAUACCAUGCUGUAUCUCCAAUAUAGUUUAUGAAUGAUUUCUAAUAUUAUUGUCAAGCUGUAUAAAAAUAUUUCGUAACAAUAAGUUCAUAAAAAAAACAAAUAAUUUUAAAGAAAUCAUCUUAUUAUCAUUAUCCUCAUUAUUCAUUGUGUUAAGUAACGAGCUCUCCAUAAUAUCCUUUCACUGCAUUAUUUGGUAACAGAAACCAGGACAAGUCAAACGUAAUCUCGCAGAAUCUUUUUGUGGUUGAAUCACUUCAUCACCUGCCAAGUGUUUCAUUUGAAGAGCAGCCGUAGCACGAAAAAGUAGAUGACCCGAACUGAGACGAAAACUGUUUGACUCAAAUGAAAAAAAAAAAAACUAGAAUUUUAAAAUUGUUGUAAGAGACCACGAACAACGGUUAUUUUGUUAGAAGACAAUGAAUUGUUCACUUGUUCACUAAAACACACACACACGUGGGAUGUCGCACAACCACUCAAAGAAACUACAGGGCUAUUCUAGAUACCAGUCUCCAUUAUGAUGGACUUUUAGAAUUGGAUCACGGAAAACAUUUGAAUGAAACUGUUUCGUUGUUUUGAAGAGUACGCUAUACACACAAUACGAAUUAACAUGACAUUACUGUAGGCGCUUAAUGAUAUUGCAUUGGAAAAAUCGUAUGUUAAAACUAUUAUAAAAUGAAGGAAUCAAAAACUAUUUGUAAUAUUUACACUAAUAUUUGAAUAUGAAGAACACGAAGAAGCAUUACUGGAAUCAAUUAAAAAACACACUGCUGGCUAAACAUCGUAAAAUUCUGUACUAUUUGCGGAAGGACAACCCGGAAGUGAAACGAACAAAGGUGUUUCUGCAAAGACCAACUGAAGAUUCUAAACGCAAACCUAUCCUACUGUAACCCGUCGUCGUCGUAUCGAUUUUUAGCAGGAACAAAUAAGUAUACAGGGGACUGCAUUCGAAUCCUAAGCAUUAUACCUACAUAGUUGUGUACUUACUUCGUGAUGCUUCCUAGAAUCUGAUUUCGACCGUUACUUCCAAUGUGUGUUGUAUAAAAAUGCAAGAAUAGGUUAAUAUAAAAUAUGACUUGACAGACAGGUAGUUUUUUAUUUGAACAAUUAUACGACUCAUAUCACGUGACGUUGAAUGCAGAAGCUGCAGUUCAAGCCUGUUAAAUUGAGCUGCACAAUUUCAUUAAGUUAAGUUUUCGUUUCCAACUGAAUGUGGUUAAAAUGAAUUUCUCAUAAACGAUCAAACGCUUUGCGGUGAUCAACUCUCGCGAUGAGUAGCAAUUAUUAUCAUUACUAUUAACAUACACUCUAGAUACAUAUAGAACAGAUGAUAGUUUUAAGCAGUACCACUUUAGAUAUUAAUUAGGCAUAUAUUCAUUGAAGAUAGUCUUUUUGUUUGUUGAUUCAACGUUAGCAAUAUGUUACGAACUAUAAGAAUAUAUCGAAAGUGAAUGAGAGGAGUUAGGCAGAAAGAUAGGCCAAGUGGUAUGCUAGUGGCCAGUGAAACCUUGAGGAUCAGAAGUUAGUGAUUACUUCCGCAAUGAAAAUAGUUGUAACUUGGUUUAAGCGGUUAAUAAAAGUGAGUAAAUUCUGAAAUAA